CUCUCUCUCUCUCUCCAUCUGUCUCUAUCCCUCUUCGCCCGCCUGCCCUUCUGGAGCUUCAUUCCAAGAAGUGCAGAGGCCACCGCCCCUCUCGCCCUCACUCCUCCAUGAGCUGAAAAAACAGAGCCUUUCUCGCUAAACCCAAUAUUUUCUCAAACCCAACUUCACUUCCCCCUCUCUCUGUUUCUCUCUGUUUCUCUCUCCAAGAUGGGGAGGAUGAGGACCACUCGCCUUCCUCACUGCCACCUUCUCUUCCUCCUCCUCCUCCUCUGUUUCUUCUCCGCCGCCGCCGCCGACGACGCCGCCGCAAUGCUGGCCCUCAGGAAGUCCCUCGCCGCCCCGGCGUCCCUCGGCUGGUCCGACCCGGACCCCUGCAAGUGGGCCCACGUGGUCUGCUCCCAGUCCAACCGGGUCACCCGCAUCCAAAUCGGCCACCAGGGCCUCGAGGGCACGCUCCCCCCGGACCUGAACGCCCUCACCCAGCUGGAGCGCCUCGAGCUGCAGUUCAAUGGCAUCUCCGGCCCGCUCCCGAGCCUGAGCGGCCUGAGCUCGCUCCAGGUCCUCAUGCUCGGCAACAACCAGUUCGACUCCGUCCCCGCCGACUUCUUCGACGGGCUGUCGUCGCUGCAGUCCGUCGAGGUCGACAGCAACCCCUUCGCCGCCUGGGAGAUCCCCCGGAGCCUGCAGAACGCGUCCGCGCUGCAGAAUUUCUCCGCGAACUCCGCGAACGUGACCGGGACGGUCCCCGACUUCUUCGGGGCCGGCGACUUCCCCGGCCUGACCCUUCUUCACUUGGCAAUGAAUGAUCUUGGCGGCGGGUUGCCGGCGAGCUUUUCCGGGUCGCAGAUUGAGUCGCUCUGGCUCAAUGGGAAGGCCGGUAGCGGGAAGCUCAGCGGGCGGAUCGAUGUUAUAGCCAACAUGACUUCCUUGAGGGAGGUUUGGCUGCAUUCCAACUCCUUCUCCGGCCCGUUGCCGGACUUCUCGGGGCUCCAGGACUUGCAGACCCUGAGCCUGCGGGACAAUCUGUUCGCUGGCCCUGUUCCGUCAUCGUUGACGGGUCUCCAGUCCCUCCAGUCCGUCAACCUGACCAACAACUUGCUCCAAGGGCCAGUGCCCAAGUUCGGGAGCUCGGUCCAGGUCGAUAUGGCCGACGAUUCAAACAGCUUCUGUUUGCCAGGCCCCGGGGACUGCGAUCCCAGAGUGAAUACCUUGCUUCUGAUCGCGAAGUCGAUCGGUUAUCCGCAGAAACUGGCGGAGAACUGGAAGGGGAACGACCCGUGCUCCGGUUGGAUCGGAAUAACUUGCAACAAUGGGAACAUCACCGUCGUGAACUUUGAGAAGAUGGGCUUCAACGGCACCAUUUCCCCGGAUUUCGCCUCGUUGACAUCGCUGCAGAGGCUCAUCCUCGCGAGCAACAAUCUUACCGGUUCCAUUCCUGCUGAGCUUGCCACCCUCCCGGCGCUCGCGCUUCUUGACGUGUCGAGUAAUCAGCUUUAUGGUAAAGUCCCGACUUUUAAGAGUAAUGUGAUCAUCAAAACUGACGGUAAUCCCGACAUUGGGAAAGAUAGGAAUGGUAUUUCGACGCCCGGAUCCCCCCGAGAUGCUGCAGGUCCAUCAGGUAGUGCACACCGAAUUGCUAGCCGAUCACGCAAUAAGUCUGGUUUGAUCGGAGUCAUAGUGGUUUCUACCAUUGGCGGCUUGUUUUUGAUUGUCUUGCUCGGUUUGUUGGGUUUCUGUCUAUAUAAGAAGCAGCAAAAGCGGUUUACCAGAGUACAGAGCCCCAAUGCAAUGGUGAUUCAUCCCCGCCAUUCGGGAUCUGACAACGAAAGCGUGAAGAUAACAGUCGCGGGAUCUAGUGUUAGCGUCGGUGCGAUCAGCGAGACUCAUACUAUCCCGGGAAGUGAAGCUGGCGACAUUCAAAUGGUCGAAGCAGGAAACAUGGUGAUCUCUAUCCAAGUCCUGAGGAAUGUCACCAACAACUUCAGCGAGGAAAAUAUAUUAGGACAAGGUGGUUUCGGGACGGUGUACAAGGGGGAACUACAUGACGGGACAAAGAUCGCGGUGAAAAGAAUGGAGUGUGCGGUCAUUACCGGGAAGGGCAUUACGGAAUUCAAGUCCGAGAUUGCUGUUUUGACUAAGGUUCGACACCGUCACCUCGUCGGCCUGCUCGGUUACUGCUUGGAUGGCAAUGAGAAGCUUCUUGUGUACGAGUACAUGCCCCAAGGGACACUGAGUAGGCAUCUAUUUAACUGGCCUGAAGAAGGACGUGCACCGUUGGAAUGGACCAGAAGGUUGACCAUUGCCUUGGACGUGGCAAGGGGGGUCGAGUAUCUCCAUGGUUUGGCGCAUCAGAGUUUCAUACACCGAGACUUAAAGCCGUCGAACAUUCUCCUCGGAGAUGAUAUGAGAGCUAAGGUUUCGGAUUUUGGUCUAGUGCGUCUUGCACCGGAGGGAAAAGGCUCCAUCGAAACCAGAAUAGCCGGAACAUUCGGUUACUUGGCACCAGAAUAUGCAGUGACUGGCCGGGUGACGACAAAAGUAGACGUUUUCAGUUUUGGGGUGAUCUUGAUGGAGUUGAUCACCGGAAGAAAAGCACUCGACGAGAGUCAGCCCGAGGACAGCAUGCACUUGGUGACCUGGUUCAGGAGAAUGCACAUCAACAAGGAGACGUUUAAAAAGGCAAUCGACCCCACAAUCGAUCUCAAUGAGGAGACGCUCGCCAGCAUCAGCACGGUAGCUGAAUUGGCUGGCCACUGUUGCGCUAGGGAACCAUACCAAAGGCCCGAUAUGGGCCAUGCCGUCAAUGUACUGUCUUCUCUAGUAGAUGUGUGGAAGCCGACCGAUCAAAACCCCGACGACAUUUUCGGAAUCGACCUGGAGAUGUCGCUGCCACAGGCCCUAAAGAAGUGGCAGGCGUACGAAGGAACAAGUCAUGUGGACUCCUCGGCAUCGUCAUCCUACCUCCCGAGCUUGGACAACACUCAGACAAGCAUACCCAUGCGACCAUAUGGGUUCGCCGACUCGUUCACGUCUGGGAGAUGACAUCGAUGGUGGUGUAAAUGAAAGGGGGGGUGUCCAUUCUGUUUGCUUCUUGCUUUUGGUGUCUUAUUGUCAUUGUAAUCUAUCUUAUGAUUCUUUCAUGGUUUUCUUUAGCCUGAUAUGAGUUUUCUAACCUUUCUUUUUAUCCAUUGAUACUGUAGUUGAAGCUGUUCUGUAUGAGAUGAUCUGCAAAUGGAAUCUAGUGGUUUCUGUGAAAAAAGCA